GAAGAUGGCUGACAGUUUGUCGUUGAAGGAGUCAACUCUGGCCUAUUUAGACAGAAGCGGUGGGCUUCAGAAACUGACCAAAGACUGCCAACAAUUCAACGACCCCGCACACACAGAGGCUGUUUACAGGUUUUGCGUCACAGUGAAUCCCUCUGAUGUCAUAGAGGUGGAUCCAGAGCUGGGUGACUGUGUUCUACAUGACCCCUCAAAGGCGACGGCAUUAUUUCAGUCUGUUUGCUUCCUCGCCAUAAAGACACUUUCACUUGUUGAGAAAAUACACACAGAAAGUCAGGUGAAUGUAAUUCUGAAACUGACACACCUGCCUCCCUUCCCUGAGUAUACACUGGACAUUUGUAGUUUUCCUCAAGGAUUUGGCCCCAUGAGGCCCGUCUCCAUGGAGGGCCUGGUCAUUGCCAUGACAAGGGUGACAAAAUACACCCAGGGGGCCCGGUUCCUCUGCAUUAAUGAAGACUGCCCCAGCUCUACAGGGUUCCACAACAUUCGAGUCCACGCACCGGGAGCCACAGAGUCAGCUACUGUGAGAAACAACUUCAUCUGCGGGAUCUGCAACUCUCAACUGAAAGAGGAUGUGAAGUUCAGAGUCCUGGGAGACAAACAACUUGUGGAGCUGAUCCAUGUCAAAGCACUGGACGUUCUGAAUGGCCAUCAGCAAAGCUCUUUCAGAUACCAGUCUGUCACAUUGUUUCUCAGAGAUGAGCUGUGCAACUCGAUGAGAAUUGGUCGACUCUACCGGGUGUUAGGCAUCCCUGCACAUGUCCACCAGUGGCCCCACAUCACCUGCAGUGUAGAGGCAAAUAAUGUCCAGCUGUGGGAGCCAGAAUAUCCCCGUAAAGUCAGUAUCAGAUUCCAAGAGCUUCUAAAGGCUACAGCCUCCUCUCCCUGGAGGUUUCCUGCCAUUGUAGCUCACUGCUUUGGGUUGGACUUUGCUCCUCCGGGCUUGUACAACACACUGAAGCUGGGUUUGUUGCUCAGCUUGGUGCAGACCAGAGCAGAUGCAGAAGAAACAUGUCAUAACGUGGAUCUCCUGGUUGUUGCCUCAGACAUCCUCAUUAUAGACAGACUAAUGGCAUACAGCUUGGGUUUGGCAUGUCGUGGAGUCAAGCAUCAGGCCUCAGGGGAGAUGUUUGCAUCUCUGUCCCGGGAUGAACAUGGAGCAGGCACUGCCAACAUUCACGCAGGUUCUGCCCUGCUCGCUACCGGGGGCAUAUGCAUGUUGGGAGAUCUCGGGUGUUACAGAAAAGACAGACUGGAUUCUGUUCAGUCAGUUCUGGAGAGCCGCACUGUGUCUGUGUUCAUCCCAGGGAAGAAGUAUGGUGAGGACGCUGAUGAGCAUCUCUCCUUCCCUGUCCAGUGCAGCUUCUGGGCCUUAACAGAUCCAUCUCAGCGGAGUAUGAGAACAGACUGCACCAUACUAGGAACAGCAGAAAUGGGUCCCAUUCCAGCUCUGCUGGCAGAUACAUUUGGCCUGGUCAUUCAGUGCAAAGAUAUGGUGGGAGAGCAGGUGCUGUUCGCCCAGACUGUCCACACCCUCCAACAGUCUGUAGAGCCUGGAAAACCCCUUUAUCCAUCCAGCAGGGAGUUUUCUCAUCAAGACUACCAGGAGCUUUUAGCUCAUGCACAAAGUUUGGAAGUGGAGCUCAGUCCUGGAGCAGAGAAAAUGAUCCAUGGCUACUACAUGGCCAGCCGCAGAGUCAGAGCACAGAGUCAUGGUGUUAAGAUGUCCGUGGCUUAUGUCAAACUACUGGUUUCUUUGGCCGAGGCUCACUGCAGGUUGUGUCUCAGAACAUGCGUACUGGAGGAAGACGCCGUCAUUGCUGUGCUCCUCUGUGAAAACUCAGUCACUCUCAAACAUGGAGCCUCUGCUCUCAUGAUUCCACCUGAAGCAGUUUUUCACUGUGACCUGGGAGAUGUGGAUGGUUUGCAGAGGAGAGAUGUGGCCCUGGAUACGCUCCACCAGGAUAUACUGCGCUUCAUUUAUGCCUUCGCCCCAGGAGCUGACAAAUAUGUCACAGAAGAGUAAAACCUCAACCAAAGAUUACAAAACACAGUGUUCGAGUCAAAUGGGCAAUGUAAGUGGUGGCCAGUAUCAACACGUCGAGUUUGGACAGCUUGGUGUCCGGCGGCACCGACGGCAAAGUCCUCUGCAGCUCCAGGAAGGCGGUGCGCAGCGUCUGCACGCGG